UCCCAACCCUCGUCUCCGUCGCGCAUUUCCUCCUCACCAUGGUCACGGGCAAAUCGCACGCGGGCGUGGAGCCGCUGCACCCACUUCCGCCCCCGACUGCCCAGCCAGACGUCAUCGCAACCUCGCCGCCUUCGAAACGGGAUCUGGCUUCCUGGUGGAGGCAGUUCAAAAGAAACACUCGCAAGGAGGAACCGAAAGAGAAACCGCAGGGUAUCUUCGGCGUCCCGCUCAACGUCAGCAUCAAGUACGCCAAUGUCGCCAUUUCGCUGACCAACGAUAACGGAGAGAGCUUCAUCUACGGCUAUGUGCCUAUCGUGGUGGCCAAGUGUGGGGUGUUCUUGAAGGAGAAAGCGACCGACGUUGAGGGUAUCUUCCGUCUCAGCGGGUCUGCCAAACGCAUCAAGGACCUUCAAGAGGUGUUCGACUCCCCCGAGCGAUAUGGCAAAGGCCUCGACUGGACGGGAUACACAGUGCACGACGCAGCCAACGUGCUGCGACGCUACCUCAACCAACUACCAGAGCCGAUCGUCCCCUUGGACUUUUACGAACGUUUCCGCGAGCCGCUCCGCACCUACCAAAGACAAGUUCAAGAACAAAUGCAGAACAAUGCCCCUCCCAACGAGUCGGAGGCCUUUGAUCAUGCGAAGGCCGUUGCCGCGUACCAACAGCUGAUCCGCGAGUUGCCCCCUCUGAACAAGCAACUGCUCCUCUACAUUCUGGAUCUUCUCGCGGUUUUCGCAUCGAAAUCGGACCAGAACCGCAUGACCUCCGCCAACCUGUCCGCUAUUUUCCAGCCCGGGCUGCUGUCGCAUCCGCAACACGACAUGUCGCCGGACGAAUACAAGCUGAGCCAGGAUGUGCUGAUCUUCCUGAUUGAGAAUCAGGACCAUUUCUUGUUCGGAAUGAACGGGACGGCUGCUGAUGAACAAACACUCAAGGAGGUCGAAGGAGGUGUGACGCGCCGGCCCACUACUCAUUCCACCAACAUCCGACGCUCCGUCUCGAGUGCUAGUGGCGGCGGGGAGAGCUUCCGCAAGUACGAAAGCCUUCGCAGGAAUGUGUCUGUCUCGUCGCGGAAUUCGCGCAACUCGAACAACGCCAGCCCGGCGACGCCACCCUCGAUGAGCGGAGCGGGUGUGCAUCGCAGCAACACCUUGCCCUCCAAGAUGUCCCCAGCCAUUCCUCCCCAUCGCUAUGGACGGGUUGUUGAGUCGACCGGGUUGAACUCGUCGAAUCGCACCUCCGCGCAACAUUCCCGAUCGUCCAGCCGUGCGCCACCCACCGUUGAGGAGGAGGACAAAACCCUGUCCAGCACCUCCAGUACUACCAUCCAAUCACCACCUAACGUUACCACCGUUAAUAACACCCAGCCCUCUCCUGUCCCUCCACCCAGCGAAGCGCAGCCUGCGUCUAGGCCGCCCAUCCCUGCGCAGCUCAUGCCAGGCCGGCCUCCCGUGCAAUCGACCCCUGCGCCAGCAGUACCCGAGCAAGCAGUUCUCCCACAACCGAGCAACCCUCAACCAGCGGUUAGCCCACAGCCCAGCAACCCCCAAUCUCCACCUGCAACAACAGGCACUGGGGUGGGGGUUGUCUAUGUUCACUCGUCGACCCAUGGACCGAUUCCCAGGGCGAACGUUGAAAAUGGGUCAACUCCAACCGAGAAGCCCGUGCCACUAAAACCAGUCACAGAGCGACCGGUACUGCAUGAAGGCCUGCCUCCUGCUGCGCGAACGGUAUCUCCCCCGCCCGCUGUGGUGACUCCGACGCGGGAGCGCAAGCUGUCGAGUUUCUUCUCCAAAUCACCACCGCCGAGCGGAGAAGGCCGGGAACCCCGACAGCCGAAUCGGUUGAAGAAGAAACGAAUUCCCGGCAGCGCGAGCGAGAGUGCGCAGAGCUCUUCUCAUUCGCUGCAAGCCGCGACAUCCGAGCCUGGGUUGGCCGCGAUUCUGCAUGGGCCUCGGUCGACGGAUGCUGGCAAUGAGGUGGGCGGCGCAACUCCUCGUCCUCCCCAAACCACUAGUUCCGAUGAACUGAGCCCACCGCGAGAAGGUCGGCCCGAAAAGCAGGCUUCGCAGACUGAGGGCGGCCAGAUGGGCGACACCUCGCUCCGACCCUACGGAUCUCGCACCCCGUCGAUGAACUCCCGGUCGUCGUUCACGGACUACUCGGAUGUAGAUGCGGCGGAAGAGGCGUCGCGCGCAGAACGCAAGGAACACCGCCGCAGCUGGCGAUUCCCACGGUCGUCCAAGCGCAGCAAUGAGCAGAUUGGCCUGGGCUUGGGUUCGCCCCCGCUCAUGGCGUCGACUCCGGGCGCAGACCGGAGUACCAGCUCGAUCGGCAGCUGGCACCAUGCCAGCAGGAGCUCCCCGUCAGACCUGCAGCAGUUUGCCAACGACCCGAGCUACCAACCAUUAAGUCUCGACGCCGAAGUCAGCAACCCCGGGGGCUCGCGAGAAGCGUCGUUGGCGUCGGAGCCGGAAAAGCGUAGUCUGUUUGGGAAAUUCAAAGCCAAGGUUGCUCAAGUGCGAGAUGGCGUCAAGGAUUCCACGGAGCGCGAUCGCACGCGCAGUCCUGUGAACGACGCGGAUUCGAUUAUCUCAACGCAACCGCUCUCACCUUCCGCUACAGAUGUGCGACACCGACCGGCACCGAUCGAUUCGACUAGCCACCCCAAGGAUGCGACCGUCGGUUCUCCGGUGUCCCCUCUGCCUGGCUCUGGACUCCCGCCACCGAUUCCCGAAGAGCCUCACAUGCCUGAGAGCCCAGUUAUGACGUCUGCUGUCCCUGCACCUGCUGCUGAGGCUUCCGUGGUCCCGGCCGUUUCCGAUGCCCCAGCUGCUGUUCCUACGGAGACGAGUUCCACUGAGCCUAGCACGGAGCCGAAUACUGAGCCCAGCACCGAACCUGGCACUGAGCCAAGUACGGAGCCAAGUACGGAGCCUAGUGCUGAGCCUAGCCUUGCGCCUGGCACUGACUCUGUCACUGAGCCGGGCGCUGAACCUCUGGAGCCUAAAGUGGCCGGUUUUGAGCCCACUGUACCAACAAUACCCACGGAUCACCCCACAGACUCCGCUGAGGCAGUAGCAGCAGCGCCUCCUUCCGAGCCAUUGCAGACGGUUCACGAAGAGAAGGCUGAGUCCGGACCGGGGCCUAGUGUACCGUCAUAGAAUUUCUGUGUACUUUUUCCUUUGUUAUGUUCCGGAUUUUGGAUGACGAGAACUGUCCUAGAUGAGACAGGCGAAGUUAUGUAUGAGGAUGUGCAGGGAGGAAUGUGCUGCCAUACUUUGGCUGCAGCUGCGCCUGAUGCUUUAUGGGUUACGACUGAUGUAUGUAUUGAUUAGUUCGGGAAAGGGUAGCGCUGAAUAAAAGCGAUGUAGAC